AUGACAACAAGGCUUCCUUUCAAAACGACGUUCGAACCCGAAAGGGCGAUACAGCCCAUUUUCACAGGCGGCUCAAUUGCACUGGACAAUGGCGCCAAGUUUCUUGCCACAACCCUCGGUGAGGAUGCCGUUCUGACGGAUCUCUUGACCGGGAGGCAGCUUGCCAAAAUCGAAGGGGAUGACGAGCAAAUCUCGACGUUGACAUUGACCCCUUCCGCCUCUCAUCUAAUAGUCUGCUCUCGGUCCCUUUCCAUGCGCAUAUACUCCCUCAAGGUCUCCGAAGAUCAAACCGAGAUCGAAGCGACCCUGACACGAACCCUCAAACCACACGGAACUCCCGUUGUCGUCUUGGCCGUCGACCGUACUGGCACCCUGCUCGCGACCGGCGCGGCUGAUGGCAACAUCAAGGUCUGGGAUCUGAUCGGUGGAUAUGUGACGCACACAUUCCGAGGGCCCAGCGUCCUCGUUUCGGCUCUUCACUUCUUCGAAAUCGCCUCCAGUCGCCUGGCAGACGAGCAACUAACCGGCAAGAAGAGCAAGAAGACGAAGAGGAAGAGCGAUGUGGGCAGUGAGGACAAGGAUGCCGCAACUGCUAGGUUCCGCCUGGCGUCUGGCAGCCAAGACGGAAAAGUAAGAGUUUGGGACCUACACAAGCGCGCGGUGGUCGCGGACCUCGAGUCGCAUGUGUCGGAUGUUCAGGGGCUGGACUACUCCGCGUCGCAACAUUCGCUCGUCACGGCCAGUCGUGACAAGACGAUGAUCUGGUGGGAUGCGAAGUCGUGGACCCAGAGGAAGGUCAUUCCAACAUUUGAGACGAUGGAAGCGGCUGGCUUCUUGGAAGACGGCAGGCUGACCUACACUGCUGGCGCCAACGGCUGCGUGAGGUUGUGGGAUUCCGAGACAGGCCGAGAGGUGACGACGGAGCAGUCCUCGAAGUCUGAGGAGGGCUCAAUCGUUGGCGCAGUUCUUUGCUCGGAGCAAAACCUGCUGGUGACUGUCCAGAUGGACCAUACUCUCGUUCUCUACCGAACACCUUCGAUGCGAGACGCUCUCACAAUACCUGAAUUGCCGCCGCUUGAACCGCUCAGGAGGAUUUCCGGCACUCAUGACGAGAUUAUCGACCUUGCAUACGUCCUACCUGAUCACUCCAUGAUGGCACUAGCGACGAAUUCGGAGGAUGUGCGAUUGGUCUCUGUGGCAGACGCAGAGGAAGGAGCUGAUAGUAUCAACGGGACGGGACAUUACCUAGGCCAAGAUAUAGGUCUUCUCAAAGGCCACGACGAGAUCGUGAUAACACUCGACGUCGAUUGGUCUGGACACUGGAUCGCAACAGGUGCCAAGGACAACACAGCUCGGCUGUGGCGGGUCGACCGGGAGAACAACAGCUACACGUGCUGGGCAACAUUCACGGGUCACGCAGAGUCGUUGGGCGCUAUCGGCCUCCCGAAGACUGUUCCUCAGGAGUCGUCUGCAGCAUUUCAAGACCCUGUCAAUAACCCGCCUGCGGUCCUGAUAACGGGAUCACAGGAUUUAACGGUGAAGAAGUGGGAAAUCCCUCGACAAGCUUCAAAGAAGGCCAAAGCUCUGUUUACGAGGAAAGCCCACGAAAAAGACAUCAACGCACUCGAUAUAAACCCCUCAGGACAACUAUUUGCAUCUGCUUCUCAAGACAAGACUGUCAAGAUCUGGUCUGUGGCAGAGGGUGAAGUCCAGGGUAUUCUUCGAGGUCACAAGAGAGGCGUUUGGUCAGUGAGAUUUGCACCAGCACACACGCCCGUUAUCCAGGGCGACAAGGGGGCGGUGGCUGGAAGAGGUCUGAUUCUGACCGGCUCUGGAGAUAAGACCGUCAAGAUAUGGAGCCUGUCAGACUACACAUGUCUGAGGACAUUUGAGGGGCAUUCGAACAGUAUUUUGAAGGUGGCGUGGCUCUACCAACACACCGAGGGCGACAAGUCCAAGCGGGUCCAGUUCGCCAGCGCCGGUGGUGACGGUCUUGUGAAAGUCUGGGACGUCAACAGCGGCGAAACGGAGACCACGCUGGACAACCAUGAGGACCGCGUGUGGGCCCUUGCUGUGCAUCCCGAGACGAACAUGAUCGUCUCCGGAAGCGCUGACUCCACCGUCACCUUCUGGAAGGAUACUUCGUCUCAGACGCAAACUGCGGCGGUCGAGGCGGCCACCAAGCUGAUCGAGCAGGAGCAGGAGCUCGAGAACUAUAUGCACACGGGUGCAUACAGAGAUGCCAUCGCCCUCGCGCUGCAGCUCAACCACCUGGAAGAGAAGGGAAGCAUGUCCGGCCUCAAGGCGGUAGAUGAGGUCUUGGCGACGCUGUCUGACGAGCAGAUCUUCCUGCUGCUACUACGGUUGCGGGAUUGGAACACCAAUGCCAGGACCGCGCCAGUAGCCCAGAGGAUACUGUGGGCCCUGGUCAGGAGUUAUCCGGCCUCCAAGUUCUCGAACCUGUCGGUCAAGGGCGCACGUGGGCAGAGGAGUCUGAAAGAGGUGCUGAAUGCGCUGAAAGUGUACACGGAGAGGCACUACAAGCGCACGGAGGAGCUUGUCGAUGAAUCAUACUUGGUGGAGUACACAUUACAGGAGAUGGAGAACCUGGCACCUAUGAUGGACCUGCCUGCGGCUGCUGAGAACGGUGAGGGAGAUGUGCUGAUGCUGGAUGCAUCUUCAUGA